AUGGACCUGUCACGUAUUAAUAAAAUGAAAAUCAAUGAUCCCAGAUUUGAACAAUGGGCUCAAAGUAUAUUAGAGGCGGAAGAGAGUGACUUUAGCGGGAAUGAUGACUCUCAUAAUGAUCCCGAUUAUGUCAGUGAACACGAAAGCGAUUCAGAAAUUGAAUGGGAGCCGGAAACCGUGGCACUGGAAACUACACUGGAUGUUUCAGAUACUACCUCACAAAAUGCAGCACCUUCCAACGAGCACCAACAAAUUCCAACUUCAACUCCGAGAACGAACUAUGGUAAAAAUCGAUACAAAUGGACUGCAGAUGCUCCACCUUCAAAUGUAAGAACCAGAAGUCAUAAUAUUAUCUCUCAUCUUCCCGGAGUUAUUGGACCAGCUAAGUCUCUUGGAAAAUUGUGUCUCGAGAAAAGUGCCUGGGAAUGCCUAAUAACAAGCGAUAUUUUAGAUGAGAUUGUUCUCAGAAGUAAUGAAAAACUUGCCAGAAUUAGAACCAAAUAUGCUGAUGGUAAUAGAACGGACCUUAGGGAUUUAGAUGUUAUCGAAUUAAAGGCUUUUAUUGGAUUGCUAUUUUAUUCAGCUAUUUUUAAAUCCAAUAAUGAAGACUUAAAAUUCGAUAUUUGCUACCGAUGGUACUGGUAG